UUCGCCCAGUUCGUCCGAGACGCGCACCGUCUAUCGACAGAUCCGCUCCUCUAACGUCACCUCCGAUGACAGCCAGGCCGUUUCAUGCACGGAGGAGGAUGGCAAGUACAAGAUGAUAAUCGACGUGAAGGACUUCAAGCCUGAGGACAUCAACGUGAAAACCGUAGAUGACACGGUCGUGGUGGAGGGCAAGAUCGAGAAGAAGGAAGGGAACGCCGUGUCCACCCAGAUGUUCACGAGGCGCUUCAUGCUGCCGUCGAACGUGGACCUGAACGCCAUCACCUCGGCUCUCUCCCGAGACGGCGUCCUCACCAUCAACGCUCCCAAGUUGGCUACCCAGGGGGCUAAAGGACGCCUCACCUCCCCGUCCGGCAAGAACGGCACAACCACAAUCACCACGAGCACCAUCAACCCGCUGGCAUUCGGCCCGUCAAUCGGCAAGACCGCUGGCAACGAUAAGCGGUACCUGAACCACACGCCUCUGCACGAUGAGCCCCCGAGCCAGACGACCACCAUUGUCAGGACGGAAAUGGAUCGCGGAUCACGUGACCACUGGACUUCUUUCAACGAUAUGGUUGAGAAGUCACAGCGAGAGAUGGAGGACAUGAUGCGCCGUCACACACUGAAUUCUAGUCUGGACUCCCCCACCUCCCCUCCGUCCGUGUCAACCAACCUGACCAUCUCUACCCAACCGAGCUCUCGUCCUCCUGCUGGGGCCGCUACAAACCGAGAUGUUGUCAAGUCGGGCAAUAACGUGACAGAGCGCGAAGAGCAGCGGUGGGAGGACAACCCAGCACCAGGCCUGACUCGCCACAACCGCGUUCUCAACGAGAAGACCGCCAUGAAGGGCGCCGACGGCUCCGUGAUCGGCAAUAAGGAACGAAUGGAGAAGGAGAGUCACGCCGAGGGCUCGAACGAGGAGGUCCUCCCUGACGGAACCAAGCGAAAAACCUUCACCAAGAGCUACGAGACACGGAAGGUCUACAGCUUCAACUCGGGUGACCCUAAAGCUGUGUGAACAAGCAAUGAGACCGCUGCCUAAAUGUGUAUGUUAAGUGUACAUUUUAAGUCUCGACGUGCCUGUUGUUUACGCAGGCCGUUGAAUUUGUCUGUCGUCGAUGUCUGAGCCUAGCAUACGUGUCCGUCUUCGCUUCCAACUUACGUGCUGACUGCUCGGCACGGAAGGAUGCGGCUAAUUAGCUCGUAAGUUAUUUCAUGGUCGACCGUCUGGUAUCCAUGGACCUGCAAAUAUAACUUCACAGUCCCUUUCCAACCCGCAACUACAUUAUUUAUUCGUUCCAGAAAUAGUUGUAUAUUUAGCAUAUUGAUAUUAUUAUGUUUGUGUAAAAUAAAUUGAUUGGGUUCCAUUGUAAAUUGUUGAUUUGCCCAUUAACAAGUACAUGUACAUUAUGUAUUAGAUCCAAUACAUUAUUUUUGUAUAAAAUAAAGUCUUGCCCAAAUUAAACACA